CUCGGAUUUAUUGAUAAUGAAUGAUUUUGAGUGAAAUCUUACAGUAAUUCUCCUAUUUUGAAAUCCUGUCUCGGGAAAACGACACUGGUCUUGGUUGGCUAAAUGGGUUGACCAAAUUUUAUCCCUCUAUUUCUUACUCUUCUUGUUUUUUGACCUCCAAAUUACUUUUCUCUCCAAUGCAUUCAAUUCUUACAUCCUUUCUAUCAAAACCAAACACUUUUUUCCAUGACUUACAAUUUGCAAUUGAGAUAUGUUAUUUUAUUUCGUGUCAUUGUCCGAAAAUAUAAAAAUAAAACGGAAAUCGCCUGUGCGCUCGCGAACUUCGCGGGAUGGUCUGUGGUUACAUCAACAAAUCAACAAUGCUUGUUUUGACUUUGACUUCGAUGAGAAGGCCAAAUUCAACGAGCCGGAGGGGCAUGCAACACCAGCGAAUGACGUGGAGGGAUCAGACGUGGAAGGCUCGUGCAGCUCCGCAUGUUUGAAUAGUGGAAAACGACGCUAGGGAAAUGGUGUGGAAUUAUAGUUGUAAUUGAUCUCUCAGUUCUCUUUCUCUCCCUCUGCUUUCUUUUCCCUUCUUAUUGAGUAUGUGAACUGUGAAUCUGUUUUCGGUUCAGUUGUAUUCCCAUCGAUUUGUUGUAGCUGGUAGUGACAUUGACUAUUGAGUGAUACUAAACAUUUCCGAUCAGCUUGAGUUCGUUUAGAUCAUUCACGGUAAAUGGCAUCCCAAGCGGGUCAAGCCUCCAAAAUUCUUAUUAUUCUUUUUUCUUUUUACUGCAUUUUAGGUUUGACUGGCGUUGUUGUGUGGAGAAGCCAACGGUCUUCUGAUCCCAUUGCACAACUUCGGGAAUUGCUGAAGGAUUUGGAUGAAGCUGAGUUUUCACAAGAUCGAUAUGACACUGCAGCAGCCAUUACUGCCCAGAUUCGACAACUAGCUCAGCAGAUUAGGGAGAUGACCUUAUUCAAUCCUGCAGCUACCUUCAACUGCAAUUGUUCUUGUCAUGGGAGCAGCUCAAGAUUUUCCUGAUUUGUCAACUGAGUGAUGCUGCCUGCAAUGUUAAUUUACUUGUGCUCGAGCAAAUGCAUUUUUGUGAAAUAAACUUUUUGCUCUGGAACCUUAGUUGGAUAAAGCUUGUUGUUGUUGUUGUUGCUGUUGAAACUUUAUGGUUUGGAGUGUUUGGAGAAUUUAGGCAGUCUUCAAUCAUUGGAGGGUCUACUUGCCGCAAAUUUCAAAGUAUUAUUCCUCCUUUUCAAUCCAUUGAUGAUGCCUGAAAACAAUGCCCUCCCGUUUCAUGAUAGCUGUCAAUUUUUUAAAGUGCUCUCAUCUUCUUUCCUGUUACUCUCAUUUUAUAAAAGUAUAGUGAUUUUAUAUGAUGACGAACUAAUAUUUUUCUCUAUCUAUCAGGGUUUCUGUUGUCUAACUAUAAAAAGUUGUUGAUGUGUGAAUCAUUUGCGCAUAGGGAGUUAUGCAUCUUACCUAUUAUCAGCCGCUGCAUUAGUAGCUAUGGGAUUAUGUUGUUACAUCUGGUGGAACUAGAAGAGAUGGUCAUUUUCUGACUUAAUGUCUGUGAUGAAGCAAUCAGAGAAUGUAAUUGAAAAAAUAGCUUCAACUGGAGGGCAUUUAACAGGGAAGCUAGAAGUUUUGGGCCUGAAAGUUGAGGAGCAAAAUGAGUUAAACCAGACUAAUGCUAAUGAUGUGAGUGAAGUGAAGUUAAAACUUUCACAAAUGGGGUAUGCUUUUAAAGUCAACCUCGAAAAGAUUUAUAGGAUGGAUGAAAAGCUCAAGCUUGCUGAAAGGAAACUGGACAAGAGUAUGUUAGGCCUCUGGCAUCUGUGCCAAUUAGUAGCUGGAUUUAACAAGAAUCCAAAGGAAGUCAACCCAGAACAGGGGAAAUCAUCGCCCAUGGGGCUGCAGACGAUUGCCGAAGGCACCACGUCCAAAACAAUAAUACAAAGAUCUUAUCAGAUUAACAUUCCUCAGGACAGGGAUACAAGUGGAUAGAGAUGAUUUGAGGAAUUUUGGCUGGAGGGCGCUUUGCUUGAACCUUGAUUGAUUGCGUUGCUCGUUGUGAGCGAGGUCCUGCAGAACUCAAAUUCAUGAGAACUACUUCUAUGGGAAGUAUAAAGUUUUGGCAGUUUUUUUUUUUUUUUAAAUAACAAAGGAAAAAGAAACCUACGCCGUAGAAUGUAGAAGCAUCCUGCUGAAGCAAACUAACUAAAUCAAGAGGGGGAAAAUAGGAUGAAAACCACCCACACAAGAUAAAAGCUUGUUCGGCGAGCAUGUCAGUAGUUUCAUUGGCAUAUCAACAUCAUGAGAGAUAUUUUGAACGACCCAAUAAAGCCUGAAUUUCAGCGACGACGUCUAUAUUUGGAUGGUGGGGAGGCCAUCUACCAUUUGGCAAGCCCACAGCUUCUAAACUAUCGCAUGUAAGAAUUAGCUAAUGGUACCCUGGAUCCUAGGCUAGUUUAAAACCUCAUAAGCAAGCCCAGAGUUUAACAAUCAACGAAUGGUUGGAGCUCACUUAUAGCUCUGAAUUUGGUAAAAGAUGGGUUUAUGUAAGACUUUGGCGUCCUUUUGUUAUCGCAGGAAAAUGCUCAUUAUUUUGCAGCAAACAUUAAGAGUGAAGUAAAUAUGAAUGGUUCAGAAACUCAGAUGAACCUAGUCAUCUAUCUUUCAUUCCUUUUCAUUCUUAUAUUCUUUCUAUCUUUUUUUUUUUUUUUGAAAAAGGUCCCUGCCUUUGUUUAAUUAAUUUCUUGUUAAUGCUCAUUUCUCGGUCAUCACUUCUCUCUUUAAUAUUAUUUUGCAGGGCAAAUAAGACUAGUAUUUUGAGAAAUAAUAGUUAACAUUGGUUUGACACCAAUUUUUAUUGUAAUGCUUGUAAUCAUUUUAAGUCCUGACCAUUGGA